GAAGAAGAUAAUUCCGUUUCCGUUUCCAGGGUGAUUCAGUCAGUUGGCGGCUGAAAAGCGCCAAAAUUAAAAUUAGUGAAUGAAUAACAACUAAAGUCUGAAGGCUCCGUGUGAUGGAAGACAACGUCUCCCGGUGUUGACCGCUUCUUUAACGUGUUUCAACCGGUUUACCAACGAGUCAGCUCACUACCGCAGCUACAGACUGGUGUAGUUUAGUCAGCUACAGACCGGUCUAGUGUGAGACUCAACACCAUGGAGGAGCUGUUCAGCAGAGGGUUACAGGUGACCGUGAGGUGCAGAGACUGUGAGGAGAGGAAAGCAAAUAUCCGUGUCACCAUUGUGCUUCAGUUGACAACAAGUCCAGUACACAAAAGGGAUCUUCUAGUAAGACUAACGGAUGAUAUAGAUCCAUAUUUUCUCUUCAACCUCUCCAUAUCAGAAGAAGAUUUCCAAAGUUUGAAAGUCCAACAGGGGCUACUGAUAGACUUUGCAUCAUUUCCUCAGAAGUUUAUCGACCUGCUUAAUCUGUGCUACUCUGAGCAAGAGUCAGACAAUCCAAGGUUUCUACUGCACUUGUCAAGUCCGUCUCCGGGGCUUGAAGGCCCUGCCAACUUCAGUGUUGUAGAGACAAAUGCAUUCAAACACCUGAAUCACUUGUCUUUGAGGCUCGUUCAAGGCUCCGACAAAGAGAUUAAAGACUAUCUGGCAGUGUGUCUCUCCUCUCUGAAGGCAGACAAGCAGGCCCUAGAGGUGAAGCUUAAGAAGACUGAAGAUGAUCUGUCCAGGCAGCUGAGUUAUGCUCAACAGACUCUGUCUGAGAAGACUAAAGAGUUGGACAAACUGCGCUCAGAGUGGACGAGUCAGUCCAGCUCUCUGUCCAGCCGUCAUUCUCAUGAGUUACAAUCGGAGAGAGAGAAGGCUGUAGAGUCCCAGAGCAGGCUUCAGCAGCAGACUGAGCAGCUCCGUCAGGAGCUGGAGAGUGCUCAUAAGAAGAGCAGCCAGCAGCUUCAUAGCAGACUGACGGAGCUGGAGGCCUCCUGCAGAGAGCUGACGGAGAGGAAAUACAAGAACGAGUCUGUCAUCAGAGACCUGAAGAUUAAACUAGCGGGUGCAGAGGAGGAGUGCCAGCGCUCGAAGCAGCAGGUCCUGUCUCUCAGGAGAGAGAACAGCACUCUGGACACAGAAGUCCAUGACAAGGAGCGCUUGGUGAGCCAGCUGCAGAUGAGACUGGCUGUUCUGGAACAGGAGGUCAAAGAUAAGGAUCAGCUCAUGCGCCGCACAAAAGAGGUGCUGGAAGCCACCCAGCAGCAGAAGGAAUCAAUGGAAGAAAAUGCUGAAAGUAAAGAAGCUCAGACUAAAAAACUGGAGUCAACGGUGAAAUCACUGUCUGAGGAGCUGAUAAAGGCUAAUGGGAUCAUAAAGAGGCUGCAGGGGGAGGUCCGAGGCCUCGUUGGAAAAAUAAAAGUAAAAAACACUGUGACCGUGUCACAGGAGAAGGUCCUCCAAGACACAACAGAAAAACUUGAGACUGUUGAAAAGGAUCGCUGGAGCACUCAGCAGCAGCUCCUCACCAGGGAGGAGCAGGUUUCUAAACUGAAGGAGCAGUUGGAGACGACGGUACAGAAGCUAAAUGAAAGCCGAGAGGUGUUAAAAACAAAUGAGAAUGUUAUAAACUGGCUGAACAAGCAGCUAAAUGAGAAGCAGCUGUCCAGAAAGCCCCAGUCUGAGUCUCUGGACAAUCCUUCACUUCUGUCCACAACAACAGGACUGAGGGCCCAGUUCUAUCCUCAGACGGGCAGACCUGCUGGAUCUCCUGUAGCAGCUGCUGAUUUCACAGCAGUGCAGCCAGCCAUCAGACAGAUCGGAGACUCUGCUUGUCUGGAUUCAAAGUACUUUGAGAGGAGAGAUGAUAGCAUCCCGAUCUACGGUCUGUCAUCUAAUCUGCUUCACAAAGAGUUCCCUCAGCGAACGAAGCCCUCCAUACCUUCUGCUUACUUCUCUGCAUGAAGCAGAAGCAGCUCCAUGUAAUGACCAGUGUACAGAAUGGAAGUAAAACCAUUAAAACCACUUCAUGUCUUCAGCUCCUGUACAAAACUGUUACUGACCUGCUGUGUUAAAUUCACAUGUUUUUAAGUAGCUGUUGUUGCGGAUGGUUUACACACACAUCUAUCUGCUGAUGUGUAUUUACACUAAAUGUUGUUCAAACUUUGUGUUCGGUGGAUUCCUGUGAUCAUGGAUAAUGUAUUAAAGUCUUAAAUUAAAAUAUUCUAUUUUUACUAAUACAGUGUAUUUAGUUUGCCAUCCUUUAUUGUUUAUAUUGUGUUUGUAUGUGUUUUCUGUUGUAUUUCAGUUAUGAAGUGAAAUCUUUAAUAAACGGCUCUUCCAUCGUCA